CACAAAAGAGGAAGUCGUACCAAAACAUGCAUGUUUAAACUGAAAUGCAGAGUUAGCUGUACAGUAAAAUAAAUGUAUUUCUUGCAAAUUUCGUUCUAGAUGUUCUUAGCGUUUCUUUUGAUGAAACCGUUCAAUGUUGCUUGAUUUGGACGUUAAUUAUAGUAUUGUGAUCUAAACCUGAGCAAAUGAAUCUCAACAAGAUCAGUGUCUUGGCAAACCAUGUGUUUCUGUGCAGAUGGAGAGAAUUAUGCAAAGAACAUGUCCUUGGUAGGAGGUACUUGACUUUUGCUAAAUGUAAACCAGUUAGAUUUUCUCAAUGUAGCUCAGAAUUAGUUGUUACCAUGUUACCAAGACAAAGCUUAAGGACUGGGGUUGCAGUUCCAGUCCUGCCAGCAAGGACCUUGUCUUUGACAGCUUCCAUGUUUAAGAGUAAAAGUCAAAACACAGAUAACAACCGCCUAGAGGAUGAAGAAGAUGAACUUGAUGAGGCAGAAAUAGAGGAGCUGUUCCAGCAGCAGAUCCCCACAAGUAUUGGUGAAGAAGAACACAAGGUCUUCAUCGUUCAUCCCGAUGUGAAAUGGGGCAGCAGAAAGCAAUUUCUGACCACAGCGGCACUUCAGAUGGAAGAAGCUGUGGGUCUGGUGAACACUUUGUACAACUGGAGUGUUGUUGAUAAGAUCAUCCUCUCCACCAAGACACCAGAGAAGAAAAGAAUUUUCGGCAAGGGAAACUUUCAGGCUCUUACAGAAAAGGUCAGAGCUACACCUGGGGUGACAGCUGUUUUUGUGAAUGUGGAACGUCUUUCACCCUCCUCGGAAAAAGAAUUGCAGGAAGCCUGGGGAGUAAAGGUACUUGAUAGAUACUCGCUUGUUCUGCACAUUUUCCGCUGUAACGCUAGAACAAAAGAGGCCAAACUGCAGAUCUCCUUGGCAGAGAUUCCCUUGCUCAGAUCACGUCUGAGAAAUGAAGCUGCUAAGCUAGACCAGCAAGGUGGCGGCUCAAGGUACAUUAUGGGCUCAGGCGAAACCCUGUAUGAAGUACAGCAGAGAUUGUUGAAGGAGCGAGAGCUAAAGAUCCGAUCGGCCCUGGAGCGACUUAGGAGGAAGAGGCACCUUCUGCGCUCCCAGCGCAAACACAGAGACUUUCCCAUCGUCUCUGUCAUGGGCUACACUAACUGUGGUAAAACAACUCUGAUUAAAGCGCUGACUGGAGAUGCUGGUCUCCAGCCAAAAGACCAGCUCUUUGCCACCCUGGAUGUUACAGUACAUGCAGGACAGCUGCCAAGUCAUAUGACUGUAUUGUAUGUAGACACCAUUGGCUUCUUGUCCCAACUCCCUCAUCAGCUUAUUGACUCUUUCUCUGCCACACUGGAGGAUGUAACACAUUCUGACCUCAUAAUUCAUGUGAGAGACAUCAGUCAUCCAGAAACUGUGAAUCAAAAGGUCAACGUACUGAAUGUACUAAAGAAUCUACAGAUUCCAGAAAGACUGUUGAACUCUAUAAUAGAGGUGCACAAUAAGAUUGACCUCAUUGAAGGAUAUGAGGUCGGUGAUGCUGAGGUUAUUCCCAUAUCCGCUCUGAAACAGCAUGGCCUGGAAGUAUUAAAAGAAAAGAUUGAAGAAGCUGUUGUGAAGUAUACCGGCAAACAAACAAUGACCCUCAAAGUGCAGCUCAACAGCUCUCAAUUAGCUUGGCUGUAUAAGGAGGCGACGGUUCAGGCGGUAGAUGAUGUGGGAGAUGACUGCACUGCCAACGUCAAGGUCAUCAUUAGCCAAGCUGCAUAUGGCCGCUACAGGAAGCUGUUUCAGGUCACCUAGUAACAAACGGCUCCUGUUUCAAAGCCAGGGCGACAUUGUCCAAAAUAAUUCACACACUCAGUGCAAUAAUGUUGUUUAAAUAUUUAUUUGCUUAAUAAACAGUGCAUUUCAAAUA